AUGGGUUCAAAGAGUGUUGCAUCCAUUAUCAUUGCCACUCUCUUCUUUGCCACUCUUUGCUCUGCUCAUGUGCCAAUUGCUUCACAAUCGAAGCAUUGUCCUGAUUUAAGUGUUUGUGUGAAUGUGGUGAAAGAUUUGCUGUCUAUUAUAAUUGGUGCUCCACAAGCCAAGCCAUGUUGCUCCCUCAUUGCUGGUCUUAUCGAUGUUGAGGCACAUUUGUGCAUUUGUGCAGCAGUCAAAGCUGAUAUUUUGGGGAUAAAUAUUAAUAUUCCCAUAGAAAUUUUACUUAAUUUAUGUGGUCGUAAGGUCCCUAAAGGCCAUGCAUGUUAA